UUAGGAAGACUGUGUUUUUAUUAUUAAGAGGACUGGAAAUUCAGGAGGAAAGUGGAGAGAUGGACCAUGUUCUGCCAGGAAAAGCUACAUCUGCCAAAGAAACUCUGGUACGUUUUUAGAAGAGAAAAAACAAAAAAUAUUUUGCAAUUCAGAUUGCUUUCUAGAGUCCAAAGCCUGUUUUCUGUGCCAUAUCAUUUUGUCAAAAAACAAAAUUAGAUUUCCAGUAUUAGAGAUUUUGUAUUUGACUGUAUAAAGAAAAGAAUGCAAUCGUGACAACAAUAUUUUAUAGAUAUACAGAGAUGAACCCUGGUGUCAAAGAACCUCAGUUGUACACUUCCUGAUAUGGGACUUGACUUUUCACUAUACCAUCCCCAAAACAGGACAGAAGGAGGCUGCUGGAAAAAAGUUUAGUUCUAUUUCUUUUAAAACAAUUUUUAUUAAAUAUUUUCAUUGUUUACAAAAGCACAUGCACAUGGGGUUUUGUGUCAGCGUCACUUGGGUAGGUUCUCUUUCUAUUCGCUUGUUAUGUUUCGUUGGUAGUGAGAGAGGUUAGGGUGGCCUAGGGUGUGGCUGGUUGUCUUUGGUUGGCUGCAGUGGGAUUUGUGUGUGAGAGAGGGGGGUGUUGUUGGGUUAAGUUAGCCAUAUUGAUUCUUUUAGUUCUUUUUUAGUGUCAUAAUAUCUAGCCAUGUUGCAAGUGACAGCCUGCCCCCUGAUCAAUGCACUUUCAUUUUAAUAAGAAGAAUAGACCCCCAUGAGUACAGCCACCCUCCGAGGUCUGUUUUUGGACAGAAAUUACCAGAAUAGAAACAGAAAUUUUUAUCAUCCACGAAUGAUGGUGGCUAGGAAACUAAUUGAAGAAUAGUCACUUGAUUUCUAUGAAAAGAAAUGAAUGUGUUUCAAGUAGGUCUGCUAGCUGCUUCUUAGGAAUUUGAUAUGCUUCUUUGUGGCUGUAAAGAAUAGGGUUUGACUAACAUGUUGGUUUUAAUGUUUCUCUGCAAAUUCUUAGUACUUUCAGAUGUUAAAUCUUGAGAGAUAAUAAUGUUCAGAUAUUUCAGGAUGAAAUGAAAUCAAAUUUUAGGAAUAUAUGCAGUCUAAAACAAUUUCUGGCUUUUUGUUUGUUUUUGCCAUAGAUCCCGCAUUACCAUACUUUGAAACAACAAUUCCAGCCUCAGGCUAUUUCAAUUUUGGGAAUAGCAGUUACUUUUUCAUUGGCACCAAAAUGACAUGGGAAGAGGCCAGGAAAAAAUGCAAUUCUGAACAGUCAGAGCUUGCCAGCAUUUGGAAUCCCUACAUUGAAUCAUUCCUAUGGCUAAAGGUGUUGAAAUAUGAGGAGCCUGUGUGGAUUGGUCUAACUAGCAACACGGUAAGAACGUGCAAUGUACGUUAACAUAAUACUACUUUUCCACUCCAAGGGUUUGUAUUCAGAAGGACAUAGUUAGAAAGCACAGGGCUUUCAUUAGCUGACUUUAUUCAAAACUAGGGACUGCCCCUGCUCACUACACUUGCCAACCCCACCUACCCUUUUGGCAACCACUCUCUCCCCACAUCCGACCAACCGCCCUCCCUUUAUCCACCCACCCCUUCACCCUCCCUGCACAUCCUCCCUGCAUCAUUAAUCAUCAUUAUUAUCAUCGGCAUAAAUUUAAAUCUAGUUCUUCUUUCCAAAGGCGCCCAGGGUUGCAAGCCAUGUAGGGCUUUGUGUGCUAGUACUAAGACUUGGAGACCUGCAGGUAUAUGGCGGUGUACAAUUUUUUAAUAAUAAUAGGGGCUGGUAGGUCACUAGCAGCCAAUGCAGUGUUUUCAGAAAUUAUUAUUAUUAUUAUGUAUUAUUAUUAUGUAUUAUUAUAUCCUACCCUUUUCGCUGAUAGGGACUCAAGGCACCUCACAGCUAGAUAUAGUACAACUAAUCAAUGCAAGGUAUCAGAUAACAAGAAUUGAUCAGUUGCCAGCAGUCUAAACACAGUGAUUAGGGAGCAAUAUAUGUAACACAAUGCCCAGUUGAGACAGAACAGGAAUACUUGCCAUUUCUCAGUCAAUUAUAUAUACCUUCACUAACCCAAAGAGGCCUGAUUCUAUCAAGAAGAGUCAGAGCAUGAGCUAGUCUAAGCAAUUUCUCAAUAAUUGGUGACACAGGGUCACAUUGGGCUGCCCCACUUACCAAUCCAGCAGCUGUUUUCUGCAGUAGUUGUAGCCUCUGGGUCAUCUUCAAGGCAAGACCCACAUAAAGCACUUUGGAGUAGCUCAGGUGAGAUUCACCAGUGCAUGCACAACGAAGGCCCAACUAUCUUAGUUCAGGAACAGAUAUAACUGGAUGACUAGCGCACAUCUAGCCUUUGAUUGCUUCCAGACCCCUGUCCAAAACCUUCCUGGCUUCUCCAGAUUCAGAUGGAACGGAUAGACGGACAAAGUCAAGAAGAGAGGCGUGGUGAUAUAUGCAAAAGAGAGCCUGUCACCUAAAUUUUUAUUCAAAGAUGAACAUGGAAGAAUUUUGGCUAUUGAGAUACAAUAUCAAGGAGAGAAACUGUUGAUAUUAGGAAUUUAUGCACCUAAUGAAGGGAAAUCGGAAUUUUACAAGAAGCUGCAGGAGACAAUGCUGGACUAUCUGGAUUACAACAACAUCAUAAUGAUGGGAGAUAUGAAUGGGGUCGUAUCAACUAACAUGGACAAGUCACAAAGUCAAAAUGUUACAAAAGACGGCAGACUACCUAAAACCUUUUUUGAAAUGACUGACAAUAUGGACCUGAUUGACAUUUGGAGGACAAAGAACCCACUAGGAAGAGAAGGAACUUUUUUUUCUGAAGCCCAACUGACCUGGACAAGAAUCGACCAAAUAUGGAUUUCUAGAGGCCUGGCACCUAAGGUCAGAAAAGUGGAAAUCUGCCCAAAGACCUGUUCCGACCAUAAUGCAGUAAAGAUGGAUAUGACACUAUUACCAACUGGAUCCUUUAGAUGGAAGAUGAAUGACAAUUUGUUUAGAGAUCAGGAAAUUACCAAGAAGGCCCAAAAAGCUUUGAAGGACUAUUUUGAGAUAAAUAUGAAUACUAUGGUGGAAAAAAGAAUCGUCUGGGAUGCAAGUAAAGCUGUAAUGAGGGGAUUCUUGAUACAACAGAAUGCAGUAAAGAAAAGAACACAAAAUGAGAAAAAAGAUAAGAUCUUGGAUAAAAUAAAAGAAUUAGAGAAGAAAUUAAGAGUGAAUCCGAAGUCACAGCCAACUCUGAGAGAAAUUAAACUUUAUCAGACACAAUAUUCUAAAUUGAUAAAUCAGGAAAUUGAAUGGAAGGUUAAAUUAAUGAAACAAAAAACGUUUGAGUCGGCGAAUAAAUGUGGAAAAUUGCUAGCUUGGCAGUUGAAGAGAAGACAAAGAUUAAAUACGGUUACAAAUUUAGAAGUCGAUGGAAAAAACAUUCAGAAUCCAGUGGAUAUUAGAAAGUGUUUCCAGAGAUAUUUUAAAAAACUAUACACUCAAGGGCCGCAAGACGAAGUUGAGAUUAAACAAUUUUUGGCAAAAAAUGGACUAUCUAAACUGUCACAAGAAAAUAGGACAAUCCUGAAUUCUAAAAUAACACGACAGGAGAUUGAACAAGCCAUCCAGAACAUGCAACUCGGCAAAUCUCCAGGGCCAGAUGGGCUGACCUCCAAGUACUAUAAGACAUUAAAAGACUAUUUGAUACAACCUUUGAUGGAGGUCAGCAAUGAAAUUAUGGAGGGGAAGAGGGCACCGGAGUCGUGGAAGGAAGCGUUCAUCACAUUAAUACCAAAGUCGGAAGCUGAAAAGACACAACUUAAGAACUACCGUCCCAUCUCCCUUUUAAAUGUGGAUUACAAAAUAUUUGCAGACAUUUUGGCAAGUAGAUUUAAAAAAGUUCUAAAUGAAGUAAUCCAUAAGGACCAGGCCGGCUUUCUCCCAGGUAGACAUCUGUUUGCUAAUACAAGGAACAUCAUUGACAUUUUGGAACUUUUGCAAACAGAUAUAAAUACAAAAGCAGUUUUAAUUUUUAUAGAUGCGGAGAAGGCCUUUGACAAUAUCUCCUGGAAAUUUAUGAAGGGAAAUUUAAAAGAGAUGGGAGUGGGACGGGGUUUUGAGAAUGGGAUUGAGGCGAUAUAUUCAGAACAGAAAGCUAAAUUGAUAGUUAAUAAUGUGGUUACAGAAGAGUUCAAAAUUGAAAAGGGACACGACAAGGUUGCCCUAUUUCCCCUUUGUUAUUUAUCUCGGUUCUGGAAGUGCUAUUGAACAUGAUUAGAGGGGAUCGGUUGGUGGAAGGAAUUCAGGUCGGUCAGAAACAAUAUAAAUUAAAAGCUUUUGCAGAUGACCUGGUUUUGACCCUGCAGAAGCCAGAGCCCAGUACGAAAAGAGUAUUACAACUGAUAAAUGACUUUGGUCGGGUGGCUGGAUUUAAAUUAAAUAAACAGAAAACUAAGGUUUUGGGGAAAAAUUUGACAGAUACAGAGUCAGAACGGUUUCAGAAUGAGACGGAACUUAAUGUGGUUAAAAAAGUAAAAUACCUAGGGGUAAACAUAACAGUAAAAAAUCUAAGUCUAUUUAAGGAUAACUAUGAAAAAUGCUGGUCAGAAAUUAAGAGAGACUUAGAUAGUUGGUCAAAACUGAAACUUUCUCUGUUAGGCCGAAUUGCUGCUAUCAAGAUGAAUGUAUUGCCAAGGAUGUUGUUUUUAUUUCAAACACUUCAGGUUUUGGACAAAACGGAGUGCUUUCAGAAGUGGCAGAGAGACAUUUCUAAGUUUGUCUGGCAGGGCAAAAAGCCCAGAAUUAAGUUUAAGAUAUUAACUGAUGCAAAACAAAGAGGGGGCUUUGCCCUGCCAGACUUAAAGUUGUAUUAUGAAGCCGCAGCGUUCUGCUGGCUAAAAGACUGGCUACUUCUUGAGGACACUGAUGUGUUGGAUCUGGAAGGGUUUAACAAUGCCUUUGGAUGGCAUGCAUAUUUAUGGUAUGACAAGGUUAAAGCAAAUAAGGCCUUUAAGAACCAUAUUGUCAGAAAAUCAUUGUUUAAUGUCUGGAUAAAAUAUAAAGACUUGCUGGAAAAUAAAACACCAAGGUGGCUUUCACCUCUGGAAGCUAAGGCCCGAAAAGACCCAAUAUGGAGGCUAGAUGGCCAAAAUAUUGGGAAAUACUAGAAAAGGAUGGAGACAAUUGGAAAUUGCAGAGUUUGGAGAAAAUGAAAGACAAAGUGCGAGAUUGGUUACACUACGCUCAGAUUAAAGAAGUUUUUAAAAAUGAUAAGAAAUUAGGGUUCCAGGUGGAGAAAUCGAAACUAGAAACAGAAUUGUUAGAACCAAAGAUUAAGGUACUUUCAAGGAUGUAUAACUUGCUGUUGGAAUGGAAUACACAAGAUGAAACGGUUAAAUCGGCUAUGAUAAGGUGGGCACAGGACAUUGGGUAUAAUAUUAUGUUUGAGGACUGGGUAAGGUUGUGGAGUAAUGGAUUGAAAUUCACUGCAUGUAACGCUUUGAAAGAAAAUGUAAUGAAAAUGAUUUAUAGAUGGUAUAUGACCCCAGUCAAACUUGCAAAAAUUUACCACCUGUCUGAUAAUAAGUGUUGGAAAUGUAAAGAGUGUGAGGGAACGUUCUUCCACCUCUGGUGGACUUGCCCUAAAGUGAAGGCGUUCUGGGAAAUGAUUUAUAAUGAAUUGAAAAGGUAUUUAAAUAUACCUUCACUAAGAAACCAGAGGCUUUCCUUUUGGGUAUUGUCGGCCAAGGGGUGGCAAAGAAGGACCAGACAUUUUUUAUGUAUGCAACAACAGCAGCAAGGAUACUUCUCGCAAAACAUUGGAAAACUCAAGAUCUACCCACACUGGAAGAAUGGCAGAUGCAACUGAUAGACUACAUGGAACUGGCUGAAAUGACCGGCAGAAUUCGUGACCUGGGAGAAGAGAGGAUGGAGGAGGAUUGGAAGAAAUUUAAGAACUAUCUACAAAAAUAUUGUGAUUUGAGUGAAUGCUAAAUAAGAUGCUAGAUUAAAAUAACUGAGCACCACUUAACUUAGAAGUUUUUAAGAAAACAAGUAAGACUGUGAAAGUUUAACUCUUUUUGAGAAUUAUAAGACUAUGAAAUAUUGAAGGGAUAUAAGAAUUCAAAUAAGAUGAUAAAUUGCUGACAAAAUGUUAUAACGAUGAAAGUGGGAGCGGGAGAUGUGAGGAAGUCCAAAGAAAAUGUGAAACUAUGUUAAGACAAAUGUUACAUUGUUUAUUAUGUUUAUUUUUAUUGUAAAACCCAAUAAAUUGCAGAUGGAACGGAUAGAGUUAUGUGUCAUCAGCAUACCAAUGACACCAUGCUUCAGAUCUCCAGAUGACAUCUCCCAAGGGUUUUUUCAAUAGAUAUUAAACAGCACAGGGAUGACUUCAGUUGUUAUAGCUAUAGCAGUACCCAGAAUUCAUCACCUGAUUGUGUUUCUGUAAAUAAAAUGAAAGGGGUGUGUGGAGAUGAUGUGGAGAUGAUGUGGAGCUGAUGUUAUGGGAAAUAAACUACAACCAGCAUGUGUUGUUCCAAUGUGCAUUAGAAUGGUGAGAGCUACACAUGGAUAAACAACCGGAGACUGAUGUAUACUAACUGGGCACCUGAAGAGCCAAAGCACAAAAUAGCCUGUGUCUUCAUGGACCUUGAGGGUCAUUGGAAAACGGGAACUUGCAAUGAAACAUACUUAUUUAUCUGUGAGCAGCAUCAUGGUAAGCAAAGAAAUAUCUCUCUUUUAAUGUGGGGCAUAGCACUCUAAUUCCAAUAAGGUCUCCAUUUCAGCACAGAGCUGAGAACUGUACUCUAGACACUGAUCUGAUAGCAUCUUGAUAAAACAGUUUAUUCUGAUUUUGGAGUAUACAAUUCUGAACACAGAAAUCACUUUCGCCCAGUGUGUUGCUAUAUAGAUAUUGUUCAGUUCCCUUUAUAGGAACACCAUCUCACAUAAAUCUACCACUCCCACCAUAGGUGGAAAUGUGUGCCUUUAUGUUGUUCUUUUUGCAGCUCCAGCACUUUGGGAAGAGAUUGUGAGUUUAUAUGUGAUAAGAUCACUGGUGGUGUAAUGACACCUCAAAAUUAUUUUAAGAAAGGAUUCUUCCACCCUUCCUGAAAUUGUUUUCACAGGCAGCUUGCUCCAUAUUCUUUCAUAGUGCAAGACAAACUGGGGGGGGGGGGAGAUUAAUUUCCAACUAUAUGGCUAUAUAUAUAUAUAUAUAUAUAUAUAUAUAUAUAUAUAUAUAUAAAAUUGAUUACUUAUUGUUGAAAGGCCUCCAGUGAACUACAUCAGUACUUGGAAUUCUUAGGAAUCCUUCAGCUUCAAGUGAGAAUAGCAUAAACACGUUACUACCUUCCAAUGCAUUUGAUUGAUUGAUUGAUUGAUUGUGGCUUCAACAACCUAAAUUUGUGUGUGUGUGUGUGUGUGUGUGUGAAUUUAAUUUUAAAUUCUCUUCCAUUGUAUUUUCUUCUUUGUUUCUUUAGUUCCUAUAUUUUAUGGAAUCAUAUGUUUUUGAUUAAAGAAAUAAAAAUAAGUAUUUAGAUUUUGGGGUUGGCUUUCUAUGUAAAAUCAUUCCCUCUGAUUAAAAGCUUGACCUGUCAAUCACAACAGAGCUCCCCCUCCUUGUCCCCACAUCUCUCUGGUGUUUGCUCUCCCUUCUCCCAUCAUCUGGUAUGCUAAAGGUAAUUUUGCUUUCAGCAGGCACCUGUCUGCAGCAGUUUCUUUAAAUGUUUGGCUUGCCGUGGCACAGUGGGGUCCACCGUGGCACAGUGUGCAAACUUGUACAGAUCCCAUAUCCCCUUUUAUAAGCCAAAGGGGUAUCAUGCUUUGCCUCAUGACUCAGGAUCUGUCUAAACCUUAAGCACUCUCCUUGUAUUUUUGGUUUCUAAGAUGCCUUUAUUUAAAAAAAGAAAACUACUUGCUUUAUAACAGGUGCAUUCCCAACGGAGGCACCACAGCUCCCAGGAAAAUGCCCUCCUCCACCAGAAAAUGACGGGAGAACUUGGGUUCCUUUUCAGGCUCAUUGCUAUAAAUUCUACCCUGCUUGGGAAGCUUGGUGGCAAGCGGCCUUCAGAUGUUCUUAUUUUGGUGAGUGUCAUUUUGAAAAAUGAAUUGUUUUACAAAUGAGAAUGGUAGGAAGGAAAAUGGUACAGCCCGUGGCAUGCAGGAAAUUCUUUCUUUCUGGCACAAUCCAAUAAUAAAAAGUUUUAUUAUCAAAAUAAUAUUGAGAAUAAUGUGUUACAGACCUGGUAUCAGGGAUCAGCACCAACAACCAUUUGCUGAUGGCCUGAGUUCCCUGAACACCAGCCAGUCUUCCUCUCCUUGCCCAAUCCCAAAGCGUUGUUGGUGCAGCCAAAAAACCCUGUUGUGAUUCGAGGACCCGAUCCCCGCUUGGGGAAUAAAGACACGUGGACACAGAAUGUAAGGUUAAUGGGUAAGGUAAAGGCCACAACUUUAUUGAUUACAGCAUGUGAGAAGGUAUUGGCUUAGGCAUUGGACCAUGGAACAUUAGACUCCACCCUGGAAGGAGGAAAGGCUUUGCCAUGGCUCACCUUUUGAUUCCUCCAUAAUGCCUCUGGGCCCAGAGAUAAUGUUCCUUCCCCGGGGCCACAGAAGCCCCAUGGGAGAAUUUAAAUAGUGCUUUCCUGCUACUCUGACUUUUUGCCACUGGCAGCACACAAUGAAGGGAAGAUGGGCCAGGGGCAAAAGGAAAGCAGAGGAGAGCUCAAGCAAGCAGAGUUAGCCCUACCUGGGAAGGAUUCUUCAUCAUCUGUGCCUUCACAUAUUUUGUAACCUAAGUCUGCCUUCAGGGAUCCAAUUGUGAACUGAAUGAUACUGUGAGUAAACUUCUUUUUACUGACUUAAAAUAAGAUUGUCAUGUCUAUUCUUUUUAAGAGGGACAAAAGGGGAUUACCAGGAAUCUAUAUUAAUAAGCUUAAACAAGCUUGCAACAAAGCUAACCGCUGUGUGUUUAAAAAGGGGAAUGCACUCUGCUAAGUAAAGGGACUUGCUAACGCAAGUUAGGAAGGAUAUUAUUUAGCAGUAUAUCCUCUCCUGCCUCCCUGAACAUCCCCACAAAAUUUACAUAUAUCAGGUGUGAAAAGUCAGGGGAAAGAGGGGCACCAUCAUAUGGCAGAAGUGAUAACAUGAAGGUGCAAGAGGACAUAUCUCUGUGGAACGAGAAUUCCACAACAUAGGGCCAUAGGCCUCUUCUCUGUUGGGCUGCCAUUCCUUGCACUUCCAAGGCCAGUGGAAUUACCAAGAGGGCAAUCUGAGAGUAUUUAUACUGAAGAGAUCAGUUUCCGAUACCUGAGGCCUGAACUAUUUAGGGUUUUUAACACAAAUGGGAUCACCUUGAAAUGCGUCUAGAAAUGAAAGGGCUACCUGUACAGAUGUUUUAAAUUCGGCUGUGUCAGUUCUAAAUGGAACCUCAGCCAAUCAUCUGCCAGUUGCAUCCAGCCAGCCAGCCAGCCAUCCAUCUCCACCAGUUCAUAUUGCUGAAUAUACUACUAUUUCUGCUGCUGCUGCUAUAUUUCUCUGAAGAAAACUUGUAUCCUGUUUCAAACUGAUUGACCAAAUCACAACAAAUUCUAUUUGAUAUAAGAAUGGGUUAAUCCGAGCUCCUCCUACUCAGCAAACAUGACAUCAAAGUCACACAGGCACCCCAUUAAUAUAAAUACUUUGAAAGGGUAUCAUCUUUCUCUUCCAGAGAACUGAGGGAUUUUUUUCCCCUUUUAUGUGUAAUUAGAAAUACAGAGUGAAAAAUGUUUUUCCUGGGACAAUUUGGCAUCUAAAAUAAUCACCCGUGAGUACUUAAACAUUGAACAAUUGGACUUCAAAUAAGAACUGGCGAUUAGAAAGGAAUUGGACUUUAAAAUUUACCUUAAUUUGGUACUGAAACGGGAAGGUCUAAACAGGAAGUCAGCCUUCCGUUUCCUUGUAGUCAGAAGAAAGCAAAGACAACGUAAACCAGAGCUUAGAAAAUCACUUUCAAAGGAUUGGUUUUCACCAUUUAAAAUCGUUGAACCCCCCUUCGGUAGCAGGAGAAGAAGGGGGAUCUUUUUUUGACUGUUUAAACCUGCAGAAGUGAGUUUAAAGUAAAGUAACUUUCCACCGUCCUGAUCCUGGAGCGGGGUGUCAGAAUUGACGUUUGAAGCUCAUUGACCAGAGACAAAUGUUUUUGACAGACAGUUAAAAGAAGAGUAACGUUGUGAUUCCACUGUUUCCUUUCGCAUUUUAAAGGAACAAAUAUUGACAAAAUAUCUUAAAAAAAGAAACUUUGUUGCUAUGGUCUUUAAAAGAAAGAACAACCAGAAGUUUUCCCCCUAGAGGGGGACUGUGAAACUGUAACUAAUUCUAGGGAGCUUGCUGCUGCCACGGAUUACAACCGUGGGAAAGGACUUGUGACCUUGCAGGACAAUGUUUUCAGAAGCACUGUUGGGUGCUUUCUGUAAAAUAAAUGCCCUAUUGGAUCAGUUAAGCCAGAAGACGGAUUUGAUGACUAAUGUGGCCAGAACAUUUGAACAGGUAGUGGGAAACUAUAUGGAGCCCACCCAGGAACUUAAACAGGAGUGUGCCAUGACACAACAGUUGAGAGAAGAGGAUGUUGCUGAAUCUUGGGCGCCAGAAAGGGAGGAACUUUUGGCCCUGCAGGAAAAUGAGCCUUUGGAUUUGACAAAUGAACUUGGAAAAAAACCAGAUUUGGAAAGAUAAAGUUUGGAUUGAUUUGGAAAUGGGGGGUUGGACUCACCCCCCUAUGCAGAGAUGUUUGGACUUUCCGAGUCUGGCAAUGGGCCGUCAGAUGUUUGGAGCUGUGGGGGCUCCCAAUUUUGGAGGGAAUUUGAAACAUGUCUUAAAAUACCACAUGGAGUCUAGUCUGGACUAUGGGAAAGGGGCUGAUUUGUUGAAAAGGGUCAAAAACACUACCAAGCUGGAGUUCCCACGAGUGAAAGGAAAAUAUGAAGAAGAGCUGCAGAAGGGACAUGGAAGAGACUUGAAGGCCUCGGAUAUAAGAUCACCAGGUUAAUGUGCCAGACUAAUGGGAUAAAAAGGACUGACAAACCCGGGACCAGGAGGAAGGGACGCUGGAAGAAGAUUGGAUUGUUCUUAUUUCUUUUUCUAUCAUUAGGAAUGUUUUAUAAAAUUGAUGAAUGUUAGGAAAAUGUUGAAAUGAAAUUACUUGGCUCUUGUAAAAAUGUUUAAAGAAUUAGGUAAAAAGGUAAUGGUUAUGAGAAGUUGGUAAAAAUAAGAUUUAAGUCCUAAGCUUUAAGGUUUUUUAUAAGAUAAGAUGAAAAUAGAGUAAGGUAAUGUAAUGACAGAAUAUUAUGAAUUAUGGAAAGGAUUUGCUGUGACAACUAUUAAUCAAGAUACAAGAAAAGGGAGGAGGAGGAGGUCAUAGAAAGAAGGUAAUGAAAGUGGGGAAUUUGAAAAUGAUGGUUUUAUUUUUUCUUUUUCUUUUUCUGUUUUGUCUUUUUUCUUUGUAAUUUUUUAAAAAAAUCUUUUUUCAAUAAAUAUCAUUAAAAAAAAACGUUUUCAGUACUGGAGCUCAGGAUUUUUGUGAACCAUCUGAUUUGUAAAAAUGACAUUUCUAUUGAAUGUUUGAUUAAGUGAUUUUCUUUAACUGUUAAUUAUUAUUUUCUACAAAUGGGUAGGUUACAAUGAUCCUUCUCCAAUAGAAAUUAUGCAAUAGAAUAGCAGUCACAAGCAUUUGAAAGAAAGAUAUAUAUAUUUUCUCUAAAGUAUUCAGAACUUCAUAUUGCUGCCAGUGCUGGAUAGUGAUUCCUUGGUCUUAUCUUGUUAGGCACUCUUUUUCAAGGAGAAGAUAAUUUUUUAAUGAGUUUACUUUACUCCUGUGGUAUAUUUCCUAGGUGGCACCUUGGCUUCAAUAGCAGAUUUAGCUGAACUGGAUUUUUUGUUGGAGUACACUCGGCAAUUCAACAAGGAAAAUUUUUGGAUUGGAUUGUUCAAAAAUAUAGAUGGUAAUUGUUUAACCCUCAAUAUUUAUAUACAUAAUAAAUGUAUUAUCUGUAUUUAUUCAAAAGUGUCCUCAAAUAUGACACACAUUUCAUUUGGAGGGGGGAGUUUGGACGUAAAAGAGCUCAGCAGCAAAAGCUGUUGGUUGUAAGCGAAUGGUGCUUGCAUCUUCUUGGCAAGCAUUCAGGAAAAAGGAAAACGCUCACCCAUUAUCUAAGAAUUCAUCAACUAGAUGGUAAACAGUAGUAUAGGAAACAUCUAUGCCAUGGGUCGGCAAACUAAGGCCCAGGGGCCGGGCUAGCCCAAUUGCCUUCUGGAUCUGGCCCACAGACGGUCCGGGAAUUGCCGCGUGAAUUGGCGUGGGGAUUCUGAUUGUUCAGGCUGCCCCAUUCCCCACCCUCCUCACACAUACCGUGGCAGCGCCUCCUCGCUCCCUCCUCCUGGCUUCUCCCUGCCCUGCCUAGAGGAGGAAGGGGGCUGGGCUGAGCCAGCUGAGCGUCAUUUUAAGCAGCCCCUCUCUGGAGUCAGCCCUUUCGUGCCGCUCAUCACCACCAGCCCCUGCCGCUCGCAGGGCACAGGUAAGCAACCACUGGGGCUCAUCCGGUGCUGUGAAGAAGGGAGGGGAGAGUUGUGGGAGGGGGUUGGUUUUUUUCAAAACAUAGUCCGGCCCCCCACAAGGUCUGAGGGACAGUGGACCGGUGCCUUGCGGAAAAAGUUUGCUGACCCCUGACUAUGCUUUCAAAUAAUCAAGCCCUGCCCCUAACCACAUCUCUUUCAACUUGAUUUAUGGCUCUGCCAUUACUUGCAGUUCCAUCCCAGAUGUCCCACUAGGCAUAUUGGGAAAAUAAAAUUUAUAAUUACUACAUAUUUUGGGAAGUGGCUUGUCCUUUUGUCCUCCGUAGGUUCAGGCAUCUCUCAAGAUAUCAUUGCCAAACUUGGCAUGAGGAUUCCUGAGGUUCGGGGUGACAGUUUUCAUUGAUGUUGGAAUGCCAGACACUAUUUUGAAUCAAAAUGGUGGUCCGAAAUGUCACUAUCUCCAUGGGGCUAAAAAACACUCGCCAAGCAUCACCCUCUGGGAGUGGCCAUCCAAGUAGAACCAGUACCACCUCAACACAGUGCCAUCCACCCCUAAUUUGUACAGCCACUCCAGAAGGAUUGAAUGGCCAUGAUAUCGAAAGCUGCUCAGAGGCCAAGGAGAAUUAACAAGGGCAUGUUUCCCCCCUCUCUCUCUUGACAAAAGUCAUCAUACAGGGAGACCAAAGCAGUUUCUGUGCCAAAACCAAACCUAAACCCCGAUUGAAAUGGAUUUGAGCCUAAAAAUCAUAGCUCCCUUUCCACCCCCAUUUCACAUUGGUUCUUCUCAGCAGUUGAGAACAAAGGACUAUGUGGUGUUAAAAUGGAGGAUGCUACUCAAUUAACAUAUGCAAACUUCCUGUAACCCCACCCCAGUCUCAUGACUGCAUGUGAUAAACUGUAAAGAAUUAGAUCACCACACCGUUGCAGCUGGCCUCCAUCUCGAGCUCUAUGGAAAAACACUGGCAUUUGCUUGCCUGCUGUCUUCAAUACUCACAUUUUUUCCAACUUUUUAAUGUAACAUGAAAUAACUGGGAGGAGGAAAUGUGAUGUAGCACCUCUUUUCCCUGCCCACCUCCUGACCAUAAAGGUUUUCAAAAACCAGCAGCGCAAUGAAAGGGAAGCACUGCCGUGGCCGCAUUUGAGCGGCUAAACCCCGCCCCCCAGCCUCCACCUGAUUGGUUGGCUCCCUGGGGGCGCAGCAGCCGGGACAGCUGGGCAGGGGCCGGAACGCCCCCUGCCAACGUGGGAAACGGCUCCCACUCACAACUCCUCUCCUCUGUAAGGAGGAGAGGCUUUUCAAAAACCCUAAUUUAACAUUAGCCCAAUCCCCCAAUAUAUCCAGGCCAGAUGGGAAAGUUGGAUCACUGUCUGUGUGAUAUCAUCCAGGUCAGGUGGGAACGUUGGAUCACUGUGUUUACAUUUGCACUGCCCUAAUAACAAAACAAAUUGCCCUGUCUAUUUAAAAUCCGUGAUUUAUAGGUUUCUUUGAAUUGCUUGGCAACACUGGUCACGUUCUACUAGUAAACAAUAAUUCAAAAAUGGCUUUGAUCUGGAGCAGUGUCAAUGUUCCCACUUACCAUGGCACCUCUAUGUUGUCUGCACAUGUGAGCCAGACAACCAGUACUUUCUUGUGAUGAUCCUGACGGUAUGGAGUGUUGUCACUUAUUUCAUUUUUUUGCUAUCAUUGGCAGCCAUUUUCUGCUGGCACCUAUGGCACCAGACCCUCCUUUUUUUAAACCGAAAAGAACACUGCAGAGAACCAUCCAAAAUAGUACUAAAUAUGGGGGGGGGGGGAGUGCUGUCAGAAAUCAGAGGCACUCUCCCCUUAUCGUUAGUGUAUUCAGUGUUCUGAUACGAUAAUGGCAGUAGCUUGCAUAUUCUCCAAACUGAAAAGGUGAAGAGGAAAAAGGAUCGCUGUAAUUUUAAAACACGUUUCCAUAUAGUAUGUUUUACAGUCAUGGUGCUACUCUUCUCCUUUCUGUCAUAAUGCUAUUUAUAUAUUUUUAUAAUUAGGAGAAUGGAUGUGGAAAGAUAAAACUCAAGUGGGUUUUGUCAAUUGGAGAGGCGAAGAACCUGCAUUCAAUCCUCAAGCUUUUCGGGGUCAGAAAUGCAUUGCCAUGAACAGCAAUGAUGGGAAAUGGUUGGUUACGGACUGCCGCGAUCGUAUGUCAUUUAUAUGUAAAACGCCCAAAAGUAAGUCAUAAAUUAUUAUUAAACUAAAUUUUAGCCAUAAUUCUGAUAUAAUACAAUAGGGGAAUAUGGAGUUAUAUAGAACUGCAGUUAGUGUCUUAAGGCGAUCUUGGCCAACUGCUCUCUUGCUUGAUUCAUUGUACAGUACUAGAAGUUUAGCCUUAUCUCUUUAUCUGCUUCCUUCUUCACAAAGCUCUUGAAGGAAGAUGUUUCUGUGAUUCUACAAAACAGACUUUUCCCUACCUCAGCAGUUUAACAACCUUCCACCCCUGCUAUGCUUACUAGCAAGUUCUUAGCAUUCUUUCCAAACUGUCAGUCAUUCCUUUUCUAGCACAAACUGCUGGUAUUUUGUAUUUUGGUUAAAGGAAAAAACACUAGGCCUAAGAGAAAGAGAGUUCCCUGGAUGCUUAAGAUCCAGGUUUGAGGUAAGUACGCUUUGGUGUCUCUCACCAGAGCAGAGAUUUAAAAUCACAAAAGAUGCAUUGAAAUUUAGGUUGUUAUACCUUUAAAAUAUCUUCUUUUAGGUUGCUUCCAAAGUUCCCCACUUCCCUUAGCAUAGAAAGAAACCACACAUUUGGCUGGUUAAAAAUGGUUUACUAACAAACACUUCAAAGGCCAGAUUCAUGUGCUUUUCCAUACAGCAGUAAGAAAAGACAGGCAGUAAGACUUAGGUUCCAAAGUGAUGAGAGUUUCUAAAUCGUUUGUAGAGAAACACAAAGAUGGCUUGUUUAAGCCAUGAAUGCAAUAAACAUUUCAAAUGGUUCUCAUUUUUAAAUAGUAAUGUAUUGGAUUGAAACUUCAAAGUUAGGAAGAGCCCUGUCUAGCAUACAUUGCUAAGUUAUUUUCAUGUUGUGAUAUGUCAAGGCCCAAAGCCUGAAAAAUAUAAAGUUUUCCCUACAAUUUUGAUAGACCUUGCCUAAUAUCCAAGUGGAUAUUGCAAUCAAAUAUUUGAAAAUCAGCUUUUUUGCUGUUGUUCAAAUAAAGUUGCACUAAUACGGCCAGUAAAGCGAGAUGAGCGCCACAACCCCAGAGUUGUUUGCGACUGGACUUAACUGUCAGGGGUCCUUUAAGUGUUUGACAACAUUUGAAGGACCAGUGGGCCAAAUCAUCUUUUGGUGAAUCAAAUGCCCAAACCUGGAUUCUUGUGCUGGGGAGUGGGGGUGGGGGCCAGACCUGCUGGCAGAGAGGUUGCUUAGGUUUCCUUCCACUCAAAACUCCCACUGGUUCACUUUCCUGCUGAUCAGAACUCUUGAGCUAAACAGCAGCAACAUUCCCUUGCAUAACUAUCUUCCUACUAGGCUGAGUAGGAAGUUCUGCGGUUUGCACAAUGUAUAUGAUUACACCUUAAGCAUGUCUUUUAUUUUGCAGUUAAUGACAAAACAACUAAAGCACCUACAAACAGUACAGGUAAGACUAUUAAUGACACAUGCUCAUUCUGCUUGGAUGGCUGCCACUAUCCCCUCACUGGUAUUACUAAUGUCAGUAUUUUUUUAAAAAUAUAAAUUUCAUACAUUUAUAUGCCGCUUAGAAAUUCUGUAUAUUAAGUGGUGUACAUAAAAUUUCUAUUCUAAACAAAACAUACCGGGGGGGGGGGGGAGAGAGAGACAGUUAAAUUCCAUUAUUAUAAACAACAGCACCCUACCUUGAAAUGCCAGCUGAAAUAAAAAAACCUUUGUCAUGCACCUGAAUUUCAGCAAGUAACAUGGCAGGAAGAAAUCGCUUUAGAACAGAAAGCAAUGACUAGAAAGUCCAAGCCCAUAGAACAAAAACAGCACUGAAAGCGCUCAUCAAAUAUCAAAUUCCACGAUGAAUGAACUACUGCUCUACACUAGAAGGGUUGGUGCAGCAUGGAUGACCCCAUCCAUAGGCUAAUCCAGCCCACAACAAAUUCUCUAAUCAAGGCAUCACCCUGCAUGGUGAACAACUCCUCCCUCCUGAGCACAACAAGACUGUGUUGUCCAAUACCAUCUGUCAGGGGUUCAGGAGCAGAGGCAAGGGCAAGGGAGGAAACAGAGAGCGAGGGGGAGGAGGCAGAAGAAAAGAUGAGUGAUGACGACGACCCGAGAUCUCCGAGUCUUUCCAGUGAAUCAGAAGAUUCACAGAAAGGAGCACCAGUGGCCAGGGCAAGGGGGAGCCUAGGGGACGCCCCAGGAAGAUAGAGCCAGAGGGGACUCAGAGGGGAGCAGUUGGAAAUCGGGACCAGCGUCACCGCCAGAGAGCAGGGAAGAGGAAGGGAGCCAGGGAUCAAGCGCUGGCAGCUCACAACAGGGGGGAGGGCACGAGUCAGGAGUGGCCACACCUCCAUCGGGGAGCGAAGAAACGGUCAGACGGAAGGUGGAAGGUUGGGCGCGCGCGCCAAGUUCAAAUGCACAGGAAGGUGGCACAGUAGGCAGCCCGGAAAGGGAGCCAGGUCCUAAAGCCCGCCGAAAGGAGGGAGAAGAGUCAGGGGGGUCAGCGUCAGAGGAAUCCCGAAAGAAGAGACCCCAGGGGCAGAGGGACCCAGAGAAGAACAGUCAGGCGGAAAAGGCGGAGCAGGGCUAGGAUAUUAAGUUGGUGUACAAGGGGCGGAGACUCAGACGGAGCUUCGCCGGUCUAACCAUGAGACGUAGAGUUGCACGCAGCAGUUUGAGAAUGGAAACUGUAACUCAAUAAAGACUUUUGUUUAAUGAUCGCUGGCUAGCGUGAUCCUCUGUGAGCUAGGAUCUGGAAGCAGCUCUGACACCAUCAAAUAACUGGUGGCCAUUUGGCUUGGCGGGCUGUCACUUGCUUCCCCUGGUUGUAUUCAUGUAUUUGGUCGCAAAAUGGCAGGCUGUAAUCAGCGGCUGAACCUCCUCUCAGGAGGUUGUGCAAGCUACUGGGGGUGGGGAGGAAUAAUGACAGCUCUGCUUUCUGGUAAAGAAAUUUUCCUCUGAAGUGAAAGAGUUGGGAAGUGGGAGAGAGAGAUUUUGAUUUAUUGGAAAAUUCCAUAGUAUUGCGUGUGAAAAGUGGGGAGGGGGAACACCUGAGGUUAGGUUCCCUUUCACGGGCACAUGCACAGAAUAAUGCUGUCAUUUUUAGCCACAGUGCAGAAACUACUGGGGAAGAGACACUAUUGCUUGGACACAUGGAAAUUGUUCAGCAGUGUCCCACAGCUUUGGGGUUAUAUUCCUUCAUAGCCCUUUCUUUUAAGAGGGUCAAUCUGUUUCUACUUUGAGUAGAAUAAAAGCUGCUCCUAUACAUGCUCAGGUUGUGAUUCCAUAUAUCUUCUGCAUCCCAUUUCCUCCCUACAAACAAGGGGCAAUGUUCAUGGUUUGCAAGUUCACAACACGCUGUGCUUAGGUGCAGUAAACACCACCAUCCUUCUUAUCAUAGUGUAAAGCAUUUAAUGCCUUGGUUUUGUAUGUAUAUAUCUACACCUUUUCUCUCAUUGGCAGUGCAAGAAGAUGUCUCUGCAUCUACACACGGCAAAUAUUUGAAAGUCGUUCUCCCAGUUAUCUUCAUCCUCAUCGGUGCAGGUAUCACAGCCUGUAUUUUCUACAGAAGAAGAAGAAGCAGCAGGCAACUAUAAACCACAGCAGGCUUUGACAAUCCUUUCCAUUGUGACCGUGUGAUAAUUCUUCAGAAAAAAAUGGCUCAGAAUCACAUGUAGUGGAUGAAGAGGGAAAUUAACAAAUGUAGGCACUAAUGCUAUCUGUAUACAUUUACCUGGAAGUAAGCCCCAUGGAACCCCCAUUCAGACUUACUUCUGAAUUGACAGGUGUAGGAUUGCACCAUUAAUUCAUUCAUUUCCAAAAAGUAACCAUGGCUGGAAGUUAUUCGUCUUAAGCAGCAGUAUACAGAAGUACUUUCUACAAUGAGACUCAUGAUGUAGAAUGCACUGAAUACAUAUUUAUCUAGUAUGAGUAAAAUCAUAAGUUGUACUGAUUAUAUUCUGAUUAAAGAUUAUGCAAUUCG